AUGUUUCCCCGGAAGUACUCUGACAAAUGUCGCCAAGAUCAUUCGCAUCAGAUUCAUAAACAAGACAAGAACGAAUGGAACAUAACGUACACCCUCGGCGGUCUGGUGCAGCAGCGGCUGUGGUCGAGCCAAGUCGUAGAGUACGCGCGCACGCUGUACGUACUCAGUGCCAAGUACGAGGACCCGGAUUGCAUAAUGGCAACACUCACGAUGCUUUCUGCAGAAUCUGCGCCGAAAGCUGGUACAAUUACUAUAUACAAUAAAGUAACAGGCCAACCGUACACAUGGUCCGGCAACAUAGAACUGUUACCACCCAGUUUGCCUUACUUUAUGGACCAAGUCUGCCUAAAACUAGAAAUAUCCAGUAUAAACCUGUUGCCGAACAGUGCUAACUUGAAAUUAUUGAACAGGGAACUAGUAUUACAUUCACCGUACAAAGUUGUGGUCGGACACCCAGAGUUGAAUGAUAUUCAAAUUAUUUUAUUUAUUAAGAUUUUUAAUUAG